AAGAAAAUGCGUGCGUACGCAAUACGAUUAACAAGCAAACACUGCUGCGUAAAUCAUGUCAGAUUUGAUUUCGGCAUUGUUUAGUAGACAGCCUCGAGACAUUGACUUAUUUUAUUUAAAUUUCACGUGCUAAAUUCCGAAAAGUAUUAAUAUAACAAUUUGUCUGAAACUUUUUCAUUAAACGCUGCAUCGUGAGCUAGUGGCGAAGUGUUGGUAGCUUCGCGUAAUUCGCGGUGCUCAGUAAUUGAUUACAAAAUGUCGAAACGGGAAACAGCGUCUCUAAGGGAAUAUGCUGCAGCCGAGGACCGUUUGCUUGACCUUUUUUCGCCGCCCUCCGGCACAGAUGAGGAAACGAGCCCAGAAUUUGCUCAUACUGUAGCAGCGACUUCUGCAUUGCAUCAACAGAAUCAGAAUGUGGUCGAAGUAGAUCCGUCAAGGGACAACAUGCUGCAGUUCAUAUCGGAUGAUUCGGAAAUACGCAGUCUGCUAGCUAGUUCUGAAAGCAACGGCUUUAAGGGGUUUGAUGAUGAGCUGCAAGACUACAGCGAAGUAGUUGGUGAUACGCGAGAACCGAGAAGGCAUUCUCUCAUUUUCGGCAUGUGCCGUAACCCUGAUAACUUUAUAGGUUGCCCAACACCAAAACGUGCAUUUCUCAGUCCGCAGAUUGCAAGUACACCCAUAGCACUGCUGCAGGCAGCCACUUCUCCUGGCUAUAUUCUUACAAACGGCAAUAUCAAUGGCACCGAGUCAGAGCAUUCGCUCGAGGAGCAGGUGGCAAUUGAGUGCCAAAAUGUUAUUCAACAGUCGCACACGGAAUGCGUAAUUUAUGACAAUAAUGUUGUGUUGCUGACGGAUGAGCAAUGUUGCGAGAUAAUCGUGGCUGCCCACGGCGUGCAUACGGAUCAGGAAGUGGAGCGAGCCUAUUUGAUGGGGUUGCAACCCGUUGCAAAUGAGCAGGAGCAGCUGAACAAUGACGUUAGUUACAGUAGCGAUUUGUGCCCAGCUGAGGAGGACGAAGAGGCCAGUGCCGAGCCUCAUGUUUACCUCAGUGAUGCUGCACUAGACCGGCAGUACCAACAGCAGCAGCUACUGCUCGAUGCAGCCGAAGAGGAUGCCAAUCAAGUUAGCGACUCGUUUGUGGACGAUAGACCGGACAUUUGCGAGGUGUACGACCACGAGCUGGAGGACCAGGACGAUGACUGUGCAGCAAAUGAGCACGAGGAGGGCAGCUUGCAGCUGCAACUGCAGCAGAUUGUCAUGGGGCAGCAGCAGCUCACCAUUCCUAGCGAUGUUGAGGAGCCGCGGCAAUCCAUCCAUGCCAGCGAUGUAGGGGAUCAGCAGGGAAAACAAGCUACUGCUGCUGCAGCUGCUGCUGCGGCGACGGCUGCAAUACCACACAGUAGCACCACAGAGUUUCCAGUAAGUUCCACUUCCAUGCCAAAUGGCAGCGACUACGAUGACUACGACGAUGAGCUGGGCACAGCUGAGAUGCAAUCGCCGCCUCUGCGGAAGUAUAUGCCACUGCUAAAAAAUACGCUAUCCGCAGAGGCCGUGGAUCGUCGGUUGGCAAACAUAUGUCAGUCGCAGCCGCAGAUGAGCCUUAGUGAAAAGAUGGCAAAUUGGAAUUGUGCACACAGCUGCGAAGCCGUCGAGGAUGUGGAAAACUUUGAGGCUGUAUUUGAACAGCAUGAAGCUGAACCUGCCAAACAGCCCAAGUUCAGUGAGUUCUGCGAGAUUUUGCGGCAAGACUAUACUAAAAUCACGCAAGAGAUACAAGCACGUUCUGUGGGCGAUGUAGUAGAUGCAGCCAUAGCACCGGAUACGCCAUACUCCAGCGAAGAUGCAGCCAGGCAAAAGAGACCAUGCUAUAGACGCCUACUGCACACAAUGCCGGUCCAACAGACAGAGGUCAUCGUGCUAGACGAUGAUGACGAGGACGACGAUGAUUGCUAUGAGGUAACGAUUAAUCCAUCUACAACAACACUGGUUCCAAGGGUAAACAAAAAAUUUGAGCGAAGGGAUCCUGUGCUCAAGACAACUCAGACCCAAACCAAUUUGCCACUUCGUUUGGAAACAAAGGAAACCUCUACCACAGAUCUGGGAAAUCGCAUAGUACCCUCUGAGCAACAGGAGUGCAACAAAUUCUCCCAAUUCGCUCAGGACUUAGUGCAGCCUCAAGUGGGAACUUUACAGCAGAAAUUGGAAGUGCAAGAAAAGGAGGUCGAAAGCCAGAAACUUCGAGUGAUUCAACAACAGCAGCAGGAAGAACGCCAGCCUGCAGGGCGCGCGAGCAGUGUGGAAUGCAACAAUGAUGCGCAGUUCUCAGAGCAGCAUGAGUUUUGCAACUAUCUGGGCCUCACAGAACUGGCAACGGCCAAUGCAGUAGCCUCCGCGAUGCGGGAAUUGGCCAACAGUAACGUGGCGCGUCGCUCGCUGCGAGUGCGAACGCAGCAGCAGCUGGACCGAAUGCGCAGCGACGUGCGAGGCAAGCGAAGAGAGCGGCAGCAGCAACAGCAACAUCAACAGCAACGGGAGCAGCAGCCGCAAGAAAAUAGUGGUCAGCGUUUAAAUGGCGAUAGCGACAGCAGCAGUAGUAACAUCAGCAAUGUUAGCGGCAUCAAAAAGACUGCUUUAAGCGGAAUCUCAGCAGUGGCAGAAGCUAGCAGCUCGUUUGAAUACCCCAGGCCUUCCGCAAUGAACGCCGUCCCAGUUUCCGCUCCAACUAUUGAGUACUACUAUCAUGCUCAGUGUGGUGAGCAGCAGAACCACCAUAGCAAUACCUUGAUGGUAGCCAGCGAUUUUCACCAAAUGUCCUUAGAGGCGGCAUUCGCGAAGGUCUAUGCCGCCGCAGCGCCUGCCCAAAAUGAGCUGCAUGAGUGCAUGCAGAGUCGACUGCGCCAGGCACGCGAGACCAAGCCUUCUAUCUAUAUAGUGAAGGCAUUGAAUAAUGCCCCCGCGCCGACCGUUGUCCCCAGCACCCACAGCUCGACGCAUGCAUCGCCCGAGCGCCUACAGUACAAUAAAAAACCCGAGCAAGCCGGUGCAGCCAAGUUGUCGCGCAAGACGCCCAAAAAACUAAUGCCGAAGGCCUCAAAACGUCGUCGCACCACCGUCGGUGUCGGCUCUGCGACUGCGCCGCAUGAACGCGAGCUGGUCACGCGAUCGACCACACAUAUGAACUCGAAAUUGCUGCGCAAUCGUAAGGUCAACUUGCUGAAGAGCUACGAGCUGUCGGAUGCGAUGGCACAGGGACGUGGCAAGCGCCUGAGCGGCGGCUCGACACCUUCUAACAAACGCCUUAAUACGCCUAAAGUGGUAAAGAAAAGUCUGAAGAAGUCACCAACGCCAACCGAGCAAGUUGUGAUUAGUCAUGCAUCCUCACAGCAGCAUCGUCCCGAUCAGCAGCAACCUUCUCCGAAGCCUAAAAAGUCGCGGGCGCAGCCAGAUGAACAAAAAGUCACGGUCAAGCGGAAGCGUUUGCGUGCCAAAUCGCUGCCUUCGGCACUAAAUAUACAACAAAAGCAGCCAACGGGGGUUGGAGACACCAACGUGCUCACAGUGACGUCUGAUCGGAACCCCAACCAGCAACAGCAGACAAGUAUAUUGAUGGACACACAUGAGUUCAUCACCAAUCAUGCUGCGGUCAGUCCGCCCCUAUACAGUGCAGCAGUGCGUCGUUAUGUCAAUGCAGUUUGCAACCCCAAGGAACAGCAAUCUCCGGAGCAUCAGCAGCAGCAGCAGCAGUUACAGCCACAGAUGCCCGAGGGAUUCUAUGAUCUGUCGUUAUCUUAUGCGCAGCUUGCCAAGCCUUCAUUAAUGUAUCCACCAUUAUCACCGCCGCCUUCACAGCGAGCGCCCCACUUUUCUCGACGAGCUCGCCAAGUAGCCGGCACGAACGACAACGUGGAUGAACCUCCAGUGCCCAACAUUCAGAUAACGCCACCAGGUGGCCUUUUGUCCCUUACUAAGGGAUCAACAGCGCUACGCAACCCGCUGGCGGGCAAGAAUGGCAAGGUGCUGUAUAUAUACUAUGAGCUGGACCAGCUGAUAGUGCUGCAGGAGAAGCUGGUCUCUUUUUGGAAGUACUCCAAAGUUUUUAAUGUACUGCAGAAGGCGACAACUGAAGACAUCCAUGCCACAGCGACCCAACAGCAUGCAUUUAACAUAUUCGGCACAACCCCAAAUCAAAAUACACAAAAAGACUCUGCGGACUCGGACAAAUCCGACGAGAACAAUAACCAGCGAUGGAUAUAUUUGGGUGGAACGCGCCGCAUUACAAACGAUAUUGAAAUUGUGACGCCACACUGCAAUCGUAUGUGCGCACACAACUCGACGCCCGUUUACAUCGAGAUGCGUAGUCAUCCGCUGGACCAUCAUAAGCGCGAGAGCAAACUUUUAUCGCUGUACGUGAAUGUUUACUAUUAUUGUGAGGAGGAGCUGCGACCCAAAAUGCAUUCAGUACAUCUCGAUGCGGUCAAUUGCGAAUGGAACCAGGUAAUCUACACGAGCAUAGCAGAAUCGCGCUACUUUGUAAUGGCCUGGCAGCAGGAGCUAGUUGUGGGCAAGCCCAGGGCUGGCAUUUGCAAGUACUCGCUGACGCCCACACUCGAUACCCUAGCAAGCAUAAGAGAGUUCAAACAGCUGCGCCAUGAGCUAAGGCACAUUGAGUGCCUAACGGAGGAUCGCUUGAUUGGCUAUGGGCACACGCGCAUAACCAUUUGGGACCAUCGCAGCGGUGACACGUUAAUGAACUAUGAUUUUGGAUUUAACUUAGGCCAAAAUCUGGGGGUAAUGCAUUUUCCCAGCUUUGACAUCGAUCAGAGCAGCAUGCUCGUUUUGUAUCAACAUGUCAAGGAAAUAAACAAAUGGCCCGAGUUGCGUAUCAUUGCCUGCGAGUUGUCGCAUGCCACACCGACACAUCGCGUACUGCACGUGCACCGUCUGCCUUCUCCGCAUUUUGACAGUCAAUUGGUGGCCAUCAAUACGGGCGAUCAUCUGAUCCUUAAAUCGCCGAAGGACGAUGAAAUCUGGAUUAACGUUGCGGAUCCGAGACAACUCACAUAUUUGGCACCCCAAGACAAUCGGCGCUUCUACACACGCCAAAAGUCUCAGAUCAUUACAAUGACGCCGAGCACCCUUACCGUGGACAGCAUUGCUAAUCAUGUGCUUAAACUGGCCACAGCGCAUCAGGAGAAGAUGAUGAUAGCGGCUAUGGAGGUGAUGGCGUCAGCUGGCUCACAAUUGCCCGUGUCCGUGUAGAGAGUACAUAAAAAAUCCCGCACCAACCAAGCAAAACAAAAAAAAAAAACCAAAAUUUCCCGUCUUUUAAAUGUA